GCUAUUUUGGUUGUGCGAAAAUUGUUUAUUUCUCUAAAAUGGAAAACAAAAAACAUGUAUUUACGCCUGUGGAGAAACGGGUGUUUAGAGAUAUCGUCAAAACUUACUUGACAAUUGUAGAAAACAAAGGUACGGAUGCGGCGUCGGCCCGCACCAAAAACGAAGCUUGGAUACGAGUGGCAGCGGAAUUCAACUCUCAUCCUAGUAUUACGUAUAAUAAGGUUACAAGUAAACAGCUGAGAAGGUUGUGGGCAAAUCUCAAGCAACGUCAGAAGGAAUUCACUCGACGUAUUACAAACCCGGACCCACUGUCAGACCAAGGAGAGCAAGACUUGUACGCUCCGAUUAUAAUUAAAAGUACUCCUAGUUUUAACACAGACACAGCGAAAUCAGAAAACAGUUCAGAUUUCUCCCUUCCCAGUCACCACCGUCACACACCAGAAACAAACUGUCAAGGCCAAAGCACCACCCCGAUCCCUAUCAUACCAAAACUCCUCAGUUUUGGGAGCAUACCCAAUGGAAACAGUGACGAUGAAGAUAAGGAUAGGGAAAGGAGGGAUAGAUUGAGGAAGGUGAAUGAGAUACACGAUAUGGAGAUGCAAAUUUUGAGGGAGAGACUGAGAGAAGCGAAAGCGAAGGCCGAUUUAGCUGAAUUGGUGUUGACGAAACACAAAAAUGAUGGUGGUCAGCCCCCAACAAGAACAGAUUACGAAGGCAAAAGACAAGAAUUGAAUGUGGAUUUUUCACCAAACGAAUGAGACAAAACUCCAAUACAAACUGGAAAUAUUGUAAAUAUAGUAUUAUGAAGCUAGUUGUGUGGAUUGUCCAAUGGUUUGUUACUUUUGAAACUGGCCAUCCAGUGACCCAAAACUUGGUCUGGACUGGUUGGGUUAUUAGCGGUGGUCAAGCUGUAGAACCUGGCUAACCAGGAGUGGCAGCGGUGGGUAUAGGGACUAUUCCCCAAUAAACGAAUUAUUUAAAUGUGAGCUCUCAAACUAAAAGUUUACAUGUCACUUAUCUGAAAGAUAGUUGUUUUACCUUUGUUUUUGAAUUAUGUAUAUUUUAUGUUACAUGUCAGAUACUUUUCAAGCGCAUCUAUCACUGAUGUCAGAUUAACGUGUUAAUUAACUAAAACCUAGUAUAGCCGGGAUGUUUCUGCAAUAUUUCACAAACUAGCUGGUAUUUCUUGCUAUUUGUCACUGUCAAAAGUAUAUUGCAGAAAAAUAUGGGUUGUGGCCCUUUGGCUCAAAAAUAUUGCUCUUUGAAAUAACAACGUGUUGAGCCGAACGUUAGUGGCGCGUAAGCCUAGAAAGGCCACCGACUUUUUGUUGUUUACACCUGGUUGCAGAACCGCACACGGAACGGAGUGUCCGUUUUAUCCUUUGGUAUAAAAAUUACAAUUACCAACAGUUGUCUGGUACCCAAAGUACAAGUUUUGUAGAGCGGUUUCACACUGCGUCCGACCAGAAUCCGUCAAAAAGAAUCUAAAAAACUACAAGAGAAAGGAACUAGUGCGUAAACUACCAUACAAAUGUCUGCUCGUUUGCCUGUCACAUAAAAAAAAACAAAACAAAUAGCUCUCUACGACUACUCCUUCACGGAAUCGGAUCGGACGUAGUGCGAAACCAUUCUUAUGUGAGGUCUUGCAAACGCACGACUGACGUCCAGUUCAAAACGUAACACGGGUUGCAGACCAAGAUCUAAGCUAAGUAAGUAAUUAUUUUAAUGUCCAAGUUAGGACAAUAACUCGCGGUCCCAUUUUCCUUGGGCUCUGGUGGACACCGUCUAGUUUUAGUGGGUAGGCCUCGCCUUUAGUGGCAGGCAGCAGGCAGAGAUAGUCCCACAUAACCCACUGGCGGUCCCCAACGAACAGUGGAUAUGCGUAAAGCAUUUCCCGACUAAAAAAACCAAAAGCUCACAUACUCGUAGCUGACGCAGUUUCCCAUAGAGUUUGUGUUGUGUAGUUUUCAGUUUGCACACAACUAUAGAAAACUUCUGAACAUAGGCCUCCCCCAAUGAUUUCCACAUCGCCCGGUUGGUAGCGGCCUGCAUCCAGCGCCUUCCUGAAGUCGUCGGUCCAGUCUUGUGGAUCAGUGGACGUCUUGUGGCUGAAGUGAUGAUGAUGAUGAUGACUUCGUCAGGUAUGCGAGUUAAACUAAACUAACUUAGCUCUUGGUCUGUAACCAACAUGAAAGGCUCUCUUAAAAAGUUACUAUUGUGCCAAAUGUUGCGAUUUUUCCGUUAAAUUUUAUUUGAGUUUGUUAAACUAUUUUUAAAAAUACUCAUAGUUAAAUAUUAUUGUAAAUAAGAUUAAUAUAUUAGGAAAAUUUAUUGUUAAAAAGUAAUUGGUACUUAA